UAAGUGCCUGAAAGAAAAGUCCAACGACGCUUAUUAUUAUAGCUCUGCUCACCCUCACCAUUUGGGGCACGCUUCCAACCUUACUCCAUAGAAUCCUCUAGACCUUCUCAUACCUCAUCAUCUCAAAUUCUCACACGUAUAAAGCCGGAACCGAUCUCAACAAUUUCUAGAGAUCUGAUAUCGGAGGGGAUCUCGCAAAUCGAGAAUCGACGAUGGCGGAAUUGCAGAGGUCAGAGAGCACUUUCAGGAGGCAAGGAUCUUCCGGUUUGAUUUGGGACGACAAAUUUCUACAGAGGGCUUUGAAUCAAGUCGAGGCCGAGAAGCAAGCUGAAGCUGCCGCCGCUGCCGGCGGCGGCGGCUCCGACGGUCCUGCAGCUGACGGCGGAGCUCCAGGAGGGAGGGGGUAUCGGACGGUCAAGGUUGCGCCGCCGAUGAUGGACCCGCCGUCGCCGAAGGUGUCCGGGUGUUGUGGAGUAUUCGGAAAGCCGGCGGCGUCGAAGCGGCCCAGAUCGAACCAGCGGAGAUCGAAGUAGGUGGUGUUUGCUCCAUUUAAAUUAGUUUAAAAAAAAAAAUUAAUUAAACACUGCUUGAAUUUCAUUUCUUUUUUUUUCUUUUUCUUUUGUGAGUGAUUGUAAUGUUAAUGUUAAUGAUAAAAUGUAUAAUUAAAAUACUUGGGUGUUGUGGUGGUGGUGAGCUAUGAUAGUAUAUCAAUUCUAGAAUUUCAUUGUCAUUUCUCGA